GAGGCUGCGGGCGCCAUGCCGACGCCGGGCGAAGGGAGGCAGGCGCGGCCAUCUCUAGGGCGGGCACAAACCGCCGCUUCCCGGGUCUCCCUGCCUCCCCCCCCCCUCAGAAAGGAAGCGACAAAGAGCGGGGGGAGAAACUGCCCGCAGUUCGAUCCCCAAAACCAGAAGGCGCCGCGUUCUCUUUUCCCCCAUUGGCCGGGUCCCCUCAGGAGCCACGGCGGCCUUUCCCGAUUGGCCCGCCAGGGGCGCCCUUGGUCGACAUGGCGGCCGCGCACGGAGCGGGGCGGCCGCUGCCCUGACCCAAGAUGGCCCGCCGGGCGUCACGGGCAGCGCCGAGCCACGGCGCCGCAGGGCGGAGCUCCCUUCUUCCGGGCCCGGCGGCGGUGGAGCGGGCGAGGGAGGCGGCGGCGGCGGCGGGGCCGGGCGGAGGGCAGCAGGCGGGCCGGUGCUCAGCCGGGCGGGCCAUGGCGGGCCGGGCGGCGUAGGAGUCGGGGCCGCAGCAUGAGCGCCGCCGCCCGGUUCCCGCUGCACCGGCUGGUCUGGCGGAACGACUUCCGGCAGCUGGAGGCCGCCCUGCAGGGCCAGGAUGUUGAGCAGCAGGAUCCCCGCGGGCGAAGCCUGUUGCACCUGGCGGUCUCCUUGGGCUACGUGGAGUCUGUCCGCGUCCUGUUGCGGCACAAGGCAGAUGUCACGAAGGAGAACGCCCAGGGGUGGACAGUCUUGCACGAGGCCAUCAGCACCGGCGAUCCGGAAAUAGUCCACAUGGUCCUUCAACACCGUGACUACCAGCAGACAUCCACAACCCUUGGGGGUGUCCCCGAAUUGCUUCAGAAGAUCAGUGAGACUCCAGAUUUUUAUGUGGAAAUGAAGUGGGAAUUCACCAGCUGGGUCCCGCUGGUGUCCAGAGUGUGCCCCAGUGACGUUUGCCGCAUCUGGAAGAGUGGGGCAAAGCUGCGUGUGGAUAUCACCUUGCUGGGCUUCGAAAACAUGAGCUGGGAGCGAGGGAGGCGCAGCCUGAUUUUCAGAGGGGAAGAUACCGGGCACUGGGCUGAGCUGAUUGAGGUUAACCACGAUGACAAAGUGGUGGCGACUGAGCGCUUCGAGAUCACGCAGCAGAUCAAGCGGCUGACCCUGGACUCCAUGGUGCCGAAGAACAAGGAGGUGGAGCGACGGCUGACCUCCCCCAUCCUGAGCACCUCCCUGGACACCAGGAACAUCGCCUUCGAAAGAGACACCUCUGGCUUCUGGGUCUGGAAAACGGAGAGGAGCGAAGUGGUGAAUGACUAUGAAGCCAAGGUCUUCACGGCCAAUAACGUGAACGUGGUGACCAGGAUCCGGACGGAACACUUGACUGAAGAGGAGAAGAGAAGAUACAAAGCUGACCGAAACCCCCUGGAGUCUUUCUUGGGCACCAUUGAGCACGAAUACGGAGCCCAGCAGGACCUGACAACAGAAUUUGCCUCGACCAACAACCCAACAGCGCUCACGCCCGAGGAAUACUUCGAACCCCAGUUUGACUUGAAAGACAGAGAUAUCGGCAGGCCCAAAGAAGUGACCAUUCGGACUCAGAAAUUUAAAGCCAACCUGUGGAUGUCCGAAGAGUUCCCUCUCUCCCUUGUGGAGCAGGUCUCCCCCAUCGUGGACCUGAUGGCCAGGACCACUGCCCACUUUGCUCGGCUGAAGGACUUCAUCACCUUGGACUUCCCUCCUGGGUUUCCGGUUAAAAUCGAAAUCCCCUUGUUCCACAUCCUGAACGCUAGGAUUACCUUUGGACGCGUAAACAGCUGCAGCACCCUGGAAGAGGCUUCACCCCAGGGCCCCGAAGGCCCCCAGGGGACCGUUGCUGCUCCAGCCUCCCCCUUUGUGGUGGACCCCUCCGUCUUCGAGAUCCCCAAAUCCUACCGGGUCCAAGACGACGGCCGGAACUUGCACGUGCAGGACGAAGACAAUGAAAUCAUGCAGUUUGCCAUCCAGCAGAGCCUGAUGGAGUCUGGCCACAACCAGGAGCCUUUGGAGCCACCCUUGAACGGGGACGUCUCCUACUCCCAGGACCUCCACCUCCACUAUCAAAGGGCCCUGCAGGAGAGCCUCCUGGCAAGUGGCGGGAACAACCCACCCCUGCGAGGGUCUUCCACCUUCGACCGGGAGUUGCAGCUGGCCAUGGCGCUCUCCCUUCAGGAGCAGCAGGAACAGCAGCAGCGGAGGCAGGAGGAGGAGGAGGAGGAGCUGAAGGAGGCUCUCCAGCGCUCCUUGCUGGAAAAGUAGUGGGUUGACACCUGCGGGAAAUAAGGGCCAGAUGCCCGGCCUUGCUCGGCCUGGGCACUGGAUGGCUCUCUUCAUCAGGGAGGGAGGGGGCUUGAUCGCUCACUCGCCAAAGUUUUGAGCCCAAAGAUCUGCCGUCUUCCAUUUCACCAAAGGGGGCGCCCUGGCUUCCUUUGCCAAAGCCUGUUCUAAGGGGUGGCGGACUCUUGCCAGCCUCAAAGAGAGGGCAGCAGUGGGUAACCACCUGAGCCAAGGAAGGGGCUUCCUCGGAGUCAGCUCCUCACCUACCAAAGAUUUCAGCUGCCGCCAGGUGUCUUAUGGCCCACCGCCUGCCUACACCGGAGUGCUUUGCCUUCCCCUUUGGACUCCUCCGGCCGCUUCUUGAAGUCUCUGUAGCCUUCCCUAGCCACUCCCUCUCAUGUCCCUCCUAGCAAAUCUGGGGGGUUUGUUUUUAAAUAAAUUGGGGGCAACUCCUG